AUGUACUUCAUAGGCCAUGGAGAUGACAUUGUCAAAUUAUAUGACUUGACAACUCUUUGCUUUGAUUACAAUGAAAAUGGAGAAGAUGACAACAGUAAAACAUGUGACGGUGAAGAUUUUAAAAGAAGUCAUGAUAGAGUGGACAUGUUAAACCACCAAUCACAGCAAAAGAACGAUCAAUCAUUUUUUCAGUACAAUGAUAGCAACAUUCCCACAUCACCAUCUUCAUCAUCGCACUCAAACUCCAAUACGUCAGUGGCAAUCAAUCCCUUCACCAUUCCAGUUGGAAUACUCCUGUACAGGGUGGCUUUUAACAUCAUUUCUUUCCAAAAGUGUCUCAGCACUUCCAAAAAAGCAUCAGUCAUAAAAAAAUUGUUGAGGGAUUGUAUUGCAGUUUUGUCUUCCGUCAAUCAUUAUAGGGUGAUUGUAGCAGCCCAUUACUACUUGUCCGAUGUAUAUGUUUGUGAUCACAUUGAUGAGGAGCCUGUUUAUGAAGAAGGUAGUGAUACUGACAUCGAGGAAUCAUCUGACAAUACCGUUACAAACAGUGAAAAAUAUGAGAGUAGCGAUGAUGAUUUUCAGCAGGUUCAUCCUGGUAGCCGACCCCCGGCCAACCCAGCCGUCCAUUCUUCCGAGGUCAGUAAAUGCGGAGACGACGUAUGUUGUCGCAUGUUGGCCGGCGAGAUGGCUCAGUGGUUCAAAUGCGCGCUGAGUUAA